CCGCCCCUCAGUUCAUCGGAACAAUCCCUGGGGGUCCCCCUCCUGGACCUGUGCCCCCCGAAAGGCCCCGUGGGAGCCGCCGAGAGAAGGCACCCGCAAGUGGACGGCGGACGCCUCUCUCUCCGGGACGCGCGGGAGAUUAACAGCUGGACUCUGGCCACAGUGCUCGGGCCAACUUGACGUCACCAGGCAGAGAGAUGAGUUCCCAGUGGGGCUCUGGGGGGGCGGGCGCGGGGGGGGGGGGGGCUCCUGAGCAGGGCAUUCCUUCCCCAAGCCUCAUCCCGCUCCGCCCCUCCUCCUCCCCCUCCCUCCCUCCCCUCCUGCCGGGCCUGGAAUUGGGUUUGGGGCGGGUUCUGCUUCCAAAGCCAUCUCCCCAGCAGCAGGCGCGGGCUCUGCACACUCGGCUCUCUCCUCUCUCCUCUCUCCUCUCUCGUUUGCUGAGGCUCCAGCCCUGUUCCACACUGGCCUGCUGCCUCGGGGAUCGCAGCCGGAGGCGGGCAUCACCCACGCGCCCUCCUGGAGGACCGGGACAGCUGCAGGUGGGGGGUGCCGGCCCGUGAGCUGUGAGCAGAGCAGCGAGGAAGCUGCACGCCCCAGGCCCGGAGAUGGCUGCCAACUGCUCCUGGGAGGCCCAUCCCACCAGCAGGAACAAGAUGUGCCCGGGCGUGAGCGAGGCCCCCGAGUUCCACAGCCGCGGCUUCCUGACCAUCGAGCAGAUCGCCACGCUGCCACCGCCGCCCGUGGUGAACUACAUCUUCCUGCUGCUCUGCCUGUGCGGCCUGGCGGGCAACGGGCUGGUGCUCUGGUUCUUCGGCUUCUCCAUCAAGCGGAGCCCCUUCUCCAUCUACUUCCUGCACCUGGCGGGCGCCGACGUGGGCUACCUGGCCAGCAAGGCCGUGCUGUCCGUGCUGAACGCGGGCGGCUUCCCCGGCACCUUCGCCCGGUACGUGGGGGCGGCGUCCCGCAUCCUGGGGCUCUGCACCUUCCUGGCCGGCGUGAGCCUGCUGCCGGCCAUCAGCGCCGAGCGCUGCCUGUCGGUCGUCUUCCCCGCCUGGUACUGGCGGCAGCGGCCCAAGCGCCUGUCGGCCGUGGUGUGCGCCCUGCUCUGGGCCCUGUCGCUCCUGGUCACCGGCGUCCACAACUACUUCUGCGUGUUCCUGGGCCGCCAGGCCUCCCGGGCGGCCUGCACGCACAUGGACAUCUUCCUGGGCGUCCUGCUCUUCCUCGUCUUCUGCCCGCUCAUGGUGCUGCCCUGCCUGGCCCUCAUCCUGCACGUGGAGUGCCGGGCCCGGCGGCGCCAGCGCCCACGCUCCUCCAAGCUCAACCACGUCAUCCUGGCCGUGGUGUCCGUCUUCCUCGUGUCCUCCAUCUACCUGGCCAUCGACUGGUUCCUCUUCUGGGCCUUCCGCAUCCCCGCCCCCUUCCCCGAGUACGUCACCGACCUGUGCAUCUGCGUCAACAGCGGCGCCAAGCCCGUGGUGUACUUCCUGGCCGGGAGGGACAAGUCCCAGCGGCUGUGGGAGCCGCUCCGCGUGGUCUUCCAGCGCGCCCUGCGGGACGGCGCCGAGCUGGCCGAGGCCACGGGCGGCACGCCCAACACGGUCACCAUGGAGAUGCAGGGCCCCGCCGGGAACGCCUCCUGAGAGAGGGGCACCCGGAGGGGAGGCGGGGACCCCAAGGACCUCCAGAGACCCUCUGCCGGGACGGGGCCCGGGCGGCCGCCCUGGUGCCCGAGGACAAGGAGGCACGUCUGCCUCCGGCCCCCCUCGGGCCUCCUUCUCCCGGGGCCGGAGGCUCUGCGAGCGCCCGAGAGGCUGAGCGGCCGCCUGCACACAGACCUGGCGGCCCUGCCAGGCCCUCCCCAGCGUUCUCCUGCAUGAGCAGCACCCACCGGACGGAAGUGUCCUCCCCCCAUGGGGGACUCUGCUCACCCCAGGCUGGUCUGGAAAGGAGAGGAGGGGGCCACCGAGCCCCGUCCACCUGCCGCCCCUCUGAACGCGAUGCCCUGUUUGAAAGUGACACGGUGGGCCACACCAGCACCUCCCGCCGCGGGGCACCUGUUCCCGCCACGCCACCCCCUGGGGGCAGCGCUGGGGGCAGACCUGACACGGGGAGCUCUCUGAGCCGGCUGCUCAGUCUUCCUGCAGGUGAUGUCCCUGCCCCCUGGGUGAGCCCUUGGUGAUGUUCGCCCGGUGUGUUUCUGGUCCCGGCAGCCAGGGGGGGACAGGAGGGCCUUCACCAGCUCAGAGAGGUCACCGCCUUUCUGGCUCCCUGCCAGCCUCGGCAGCCUUUCGGAGCACAGGGCGCGUGCCCGCUGCCGCCCGCCUGGGCCUCGGGUGCCUGCAGACCGUCCGGAAGUGGGCACUGACUGGUUCUACCUGGCCACCCAGCCCACCUCGAAGCACAGUGGCCCAGUGUAGCCAACGGAACUUUUAUGAAAUAAAUGUACAUCAAUAAAUGUUUUAUAUCUUA